UUGGAAACCAAGUAGUAAAAAAAAAUGGGCAAUGAAGGCAGCAAAUUAAAAGGUUUAAUUAUUGACCAAAAUGCUGUAGAGGUGAAUGACUUUUGGGCGCUUUACAAUGCCGAAUCACCAAACACAUCGAAUGAGGAAGGCGUGGGACAUGGACAACAGCUAUCCAUAUUCAAAGGCGAGGUGCUGGUAAAGGGACAACUUUGGGCCAGCAUUGGGCCUAUGGAACGGGCUAUUAAGAACCUGAUGAUCUAUCGCCAUCCGUACAUACUAAAAUAUACAUGCACCUGGGAGCAGUCGGGACAAAAACAUUUGGCAACAGAGCGUGUGCGACCCCUGAACGAUGUGCUUAGCCAGCAAAGCGAUAUACAGGUGUGCCUAGGCCUCCGCACCAUUUUGUGCAGCUUGAUAUUUCUCAUUGAGAAAGCGCUGGCGCGGCACUUGAAUAUCUGCACACAGUCCAUCUAUGUGACAAGCAAGGGCAGCUGGUGUUUGGCUGGUUUUGAGUAUGUGUGGAAAGCUAAGGAGCUUAAUAAGCAGCUGCUGGACUUGGCGCAUAGCUUUCGACAGCCGCAAGCCAUGGAUGAGGCCAAUGGCGCUGAGGCCCUCGAGCAGUUUGCCUUUGCGACGCUCUGCGAACAGAUUUUGAACAAAGUGGACGCUGGCGCAGCUGUUACGCCGCAUGUGCUGGAAUUUCGCGAGUAUUGCAGCACACAUCUAAAGCAUCAGAAUACAGAAAUGCGUCCCAAGUUGUCGGCUGUGUUGCUGCAUCCGUAUUUCAAUCACGAAUUUGUGCUUAUACAUUCCUUUCUGUUUGAGUUGCCGCUCAAGUCUGUGCAGGAGCGCCAGCAGUUCUUCAGCAGCCUCAUUGAACGCCUGCGCUGUUUCGACGAGCAAGUAGUCGCCUCACAACUGGCCAGCGAUUUGCUCUCUCGCAUGGUGCUGCUAGAUCCCACCGCACAGCAAUGCGUAACGCCAUUUGUGCUGCGCACCAAGACAGACCAAGGUGCCACAGCGCUAUUCUCGCCACAAACAUACGUAGAGUAUGUGCUUCCGCAUAUACUUAAAAUGUUUCGCUUGCGUGAUGCUCAGAUGCGUCUGAUACUGCUCGACUAUUUCAUGGAGUAUGUGCGUCUGCUAAGCGAUGAGCAGCUGCAGCGCGAAAUACUGCCACACUUGCAGCUGGGCAUGAGCGAUACAAAUGAUCUGUUGGUGGCCAAAACACUGCGCUCGCUAGCGGAUUUAGUGCCCAUUUUGGGUGCUGCCGCUGUGCUUGGUGGUGAUCGCAGACGCUGCUUUUCGGAUGGUCGCCCACAUGCUGCUGUGUCAAGCGAGAGCAGCGCACCGCGUUCCAUUACGCCGCUGAUGAAUGCCAGUGCUGCGGAUGCGGAUGAUUAUAUGGUCUCCGGCAGUCCGCUGCCUGUUGAGAGCAAUAUGGCGCCCAUAGCGCUGCGUCUGAGUCCCGAUGGCGGCGAGGAUGACAAGAGUCUUACAACUUUGAGUGAGAAGCCGCUGGAGCAGAGUCAAAGCAGCGCGCCGGAUAGUAAUUCAGAGCUGGUUGAUCUGACACUGGUCAGUGAUGGAAAAACUCAGGCAGAGGAUGACGAGGAGGCAGCUUGGUCCGACUGGGAUAAUGCGGACGAGCUGCAGCGUCUGCAUGUCAAGCAGCUGACCAUAGAUGAACUCAAUCUAAUAGAAACCACCAGCAGCAGCUCCACACAGGCCACACAGCCCUCACUCACAGACUCUUUUCGCACCGCCUGCUCCCAAGUAUCCACAGCAGCUACUAAAUCAAUCCCGCCGCCGCCAUCCCUACGUAAGCCCAUAGAUGAUCUUAGCGUUUUGGAUAUACAAGUACAACCCUCAACAUUAUCCAAUGUGGCUGGAACGGCCGAGUUUGAUUUCUUCAAGGACAUGGAGCCAGUUAUUGAAACCAAACCAGCAGCUAGCAGAGAGACGGAGGUUGUGCAUGUGGACGCAAGUCGCUUUGCGACAGCCGCUGACCAUGAUACGGAUCUGGAUGCGCACCAAGGCUGGGGACUCGAUGAGGAUGACGAUGCGGAUGAUGUCAUUUGGGGCGACAGUGCACUGACCACCAGCGUCUCUUAGGAUAAUUACACUUCGUUACAUACCAAUCGAAUUCUAAGCAAAGUCUCACGCAUUCAAUACGUUCAAAAAUAAAUUUCUGUUCCAUUCUAAUCUUUAAGUACCAUUAAUGUACAUAUGUAUAUGUGUAUAUAAUUAUGUCCAGAGUGUGUAAAUAAUUUAAAUUAAAUUGC